UCCUUAGCACUGGUACUCAAUUCUGCUUAGUUCCACUUGAUUUCAGAAGAUAUAAUGGAGAAUUACACAGAAUCACCACCUACCUUGCAGGUAGAGCAUUCCUCCCUUUGGGCAGAGAAUCUGAAUCCGCAGCCACACAUGUGGCAUCUGACCGAGAAGAACCCUGCUCUGAGGGACCAACUGAUGCCUGCCCUAGCCACCCCAGUGAUGCCUGUACCCUGCUCACUUGAGCAUCUUUCCCAGUCUCAUGAUGACCCUGCCAGUCUUUCAGGGCUUCUUGCUCAGGUAACUACCUCCUCAACAACUUUCAAGAUCACCAAUCCUGCAGAUGAUGCUCACGUCAAGUUCUCUUUUGACUACCUGCCUCAACAGAUGGAAGUUUGUGGGGUCGUAUCUGGGCCCGACGAGAGUGCUCUGUUGAAGCAAUAUGAGAACUUUGUUCCUGACUUCCAGCAGUCAUUUGGUGAGCCCACAGAACAGGAAAUGAACCCACUGGUGAAUGCUAAGGUUGACAAAGAGAACAGUUUCUCUCAGCAGGAUGCUACUACUUUCCAGCUCCUUGCUCAGAAUCUGAGAUAUAAUGAACCCGAUCAGAGUGAUCACUUGCAAGAGGGACUAGGUGACUCCAUUCAGGAUGAAAUUAGUGGCACAGAUAUGAUGAACAAUCUCCCAGACCUUAUCAUUCAGUGUAUUCAUUUAGACAAGAAACGUAGUCACAGGCCAGAGCUCCUACCGUCAGAGGCCCAGACUUCAAUGUUGGCUUCCCUGGUCCACCACCAAGCCCUCUUCAGCCCCAGGGGUCCACCAUCCAAGGAAGACCCUAUACAGCUGCGAAGAAGCCAGCUGCCUCUCACCCCAGCCAAAAGAGCCCGCCAGCAAGAAACUCAGCUAUGCCUCUACUGCGGCCAGGCUGGUCACUUCACAAGAGAUUGCCUUGCCAAACGUUUUCGAGCCCCAGCAAGGACAAAUAACCCAGCUUACCAGUAAGAGGAGCCCAGGCAGGUCACAUUGUAAACUUAUAUCACUGUCACCUCCAGCCUUACUGAUUUAAAUCCUGUAUCAAUAUUUAAAAUAUAGGUGGGAAAC